GGAGCCUGGAAGGCAGCACUCAGGGAAAAUUAUCUCCAUGUCUGCGGUUCCUCUCUCACUUCCUGUUUCACCGCAGUUACUUUUUGAAGUUUAGUUUUAGACAACGGAUUUGAGAAUGAGCCAUAGCCCAGUCACGUUGUCAAAAAAUAACAAGUGUUCAUAAAGUGGUGUUUCCAGCAGGAACUGACAACAUGAUUUUUACAAGCUAGACCGCGGUUCGUUUUCGCGUUCAAAAGGAAUAAAGCCCCGCUUUAGCGGGAUUGGAGCCAUCAUUAUCAUGCCCGAUGUGUCGAAGAUGAAGAAACCCGACGUCAAGGUUGUUCUCCUUGGGGACAUGAACGUUGGGAAGACGUCACUGCUCCACAGGUACAUGGAGAGGAAGUUCAAAGACACCAUCAGCACCGUCGGCGGAGCGUUUUUCCUCAAACAGUGGGGACCUUACAAUAUCUCAAUAUGGGACACAGCCGGCCGGGAGCAGUUCCACGGUCUGGGCUCCAUGUACUGCAGAGGUGCAGCCGCAGUCAUCCUCACCUACGACGUCACCAACUGGCAGAGCCUAGCUGAGCUGGAGGAGCGCUUCCUCUCCCUGACGGACACCGCUAACCAUGACUGCAUCUAUGCUAUUGUGGGCAACAAGGCUGAUCUCACUGAUCUUAAAGCCCAACUGUCCGAGCACUCAGAUGGACUCUCUGAGGGCCGACCCAAAUGUGAGGAAGAAAGGACAGAACCACAAGUGUUGUCUGCUUGCCCCACUCCCCCAGACUCCCCUGCAUCCCUCUCUGGCUUGGUGCUCCACAAACAGGUAACACGGGAGGACGCGGUGGCUCUUUAUGGGAGAAUACUGCGAUAUAAAGGCCUGGAUGAAAAGAACAGCCUCCCUGCAGAGAAGAUGUGCUUCGAGACAAGUGCCAAAACCGGCUAUAAAGUGGACGCUUUGUUUGAGACGCUGUUUGAUCUGGUGCUGCCUUCCAUCCUGAGGAAGAGGCAUGAGAACCAGGAGUCUCCGACGGUGGAUCUGGAGGAAUGCAGGGGAGUGAACAGCAAGCGGGCCAGAUCCACCUGCUGCUAGGGACUCAUUUUAAGCAAUCAGCAAAUUAAUCUGAGCUCCAAAUACAAUCUGCGAUGGUACUGUUUUUUUUUUUUUCCCUUGACUGAGACCUGGUUGCAAACACAUAGGUGCUCAAUGUUGUGAAGACAACCAGGAAAAGCAAAUCGAGGAAGAAAAUUUUGUAACCUUGUGUUAUGGAACUUCCCCUCUGACUGAAACUGCACUUGCUUAUUCCAAAGAUGGCUGUGGGCAAAUAACACAGAUGUAUA